AUGAAGAUCGUGGUCACCAAAGUGCUGUGUCUGCUGGGCAUCUGUGUCCUCAUGCUGGCUGGGUCCCUCCUCCCCGUCAAGAUAAUUGAGGCUGAUUAUGAGAAAGCUCAUCGCUCCAAGAAGGUUCUUGCCCUCUGCAAUUCUUUUGGAGGAGGGGUCUUCCUGGCCACCUGCUUCAACACCUUGCUGCCUGCCGUGAGAGAAAAGCUUGAUGAAGUUCUCAGGCAGGGGAACGUGACCACGGACUACCCAGUGGCCGAGACCAUCAUGAUGGUUGGCUUCUUCGUGACGGUCUUUGUGGAGCAGCUCGUCUUGACCUUCCAGAAGGAAAAGCCCUCCUUCAUUGACUUGAAGACCUUCAAUGCCGGCUCGGAUGCUGGAAGCGACUCUGAAUAUGAGAGUCCCUUCAUCGCAUCUUCCCGAGGCCGCACGUUCUACAGUGAACACGGUCACCACUCCCACACCCACAGCCUGAACGUCCAGGAGCUCUCCCGCUCCGGCCCCUUACGGCUCAUCGGGCUGGUGUUUGCUUUGUGUGCACACUCCAUCUUCGAGGGACUGGCCCUGGGCUUGCAGGAGGAGAGCAGUAAAGUCAUGAGCUUGUUCCUCGGAGUCGCUGUUCACGAGACGUUGGUCGCGGUGGCCUUGGGCGUCAGCAUGGCCAAGACCUCGUUGCCGCUGAAGGAUGCCGUGAAGAUGGCUGUGACGGUGAGCCUGAUGAUUCCUCUGGGCAUUUGCAUUGGGAUGGGGAUUGAGAGCACCCAAAACGCAGCCAGCAACAUCACUUCUCUGCUCCUGCAAGGCGUCGCAGGGGGCACUUUCUUGUUCAUCACCUUCUUUGAGAUCCUUGCGAAGGAGUUGGAAGACAAGAACGACCGUCUCUUGAAGGUUCUCUUCCUGGUGCUGGGCUACACGGCUCUGGCUGGACUGGUCUUCUUCAAGUGGUGA